GUCUAGUAUUCUAAUAUGGAAAGGUAGAAGAGACCUACAUCAAAACGACGAUAAAAGAAAAAAGGUUAUGACACUAGAAAAUCAAGAAGCCAGUGGAAGUUGUGUCGAUCGAAAUGUGGCUCAUUGGUUUUCGAAAACGGAGUUCAAUGGGUUAGUGGACGUACCAAUUGUUUAUUUGGCCUCGGAAGAUAAUAUAGCUAAGAAUGAUCAUACAAUCGGAAGCUCACUUAAAGAUGUCAAUAUUGGCGGUAGCAGCAGAGGCAUUAACAGUGGUAAAGGACUAGCCAACGAUUUGUACUUAGAUGGAAAUGAAUUAGUCGGAGUUCAUGUGAGAAGUGAUAAAGAAAUCAAUACGAUCAAAGACAAAGGAAAAGCAAUCUUCGACCUUAACAAAGCUAUUUGGCCAAAAGAUGAACCAGUUUCAAGCACAUUUGAGAAAAGUGGAGCAUCACUGAAAAAUUGUGAGCAUUCUUGGAUAUGGAAGCAAGGUCUUGGUCAUACUUGUUGGAUAUGUGAUACCAUUGACAAGGAUCAUCCAUUGCCACCCGGAUUCGGGUCGAAUAUUUGCAAAGAUAUCAAGUUGAGAGUUCCUAAAGAUGGGUUUUUAGGAACUGGCAUUUUCCCUCAUCCAUUGCAAAAAGAUAUUAUGAAACCACAUCACGUAGAGAUACUCAAUUUUCUCUGCAAGAACUUGGUUGUGGAAAACUCAAACGGCUGCAUCAUAGGUCGAACUCCUUUAUCUGAAAAGACCUUCUUGAUGGUUAAUUUCCUAUAUGGUUACUUAGAAAAGCACCCAAAUAGUAAACCUCUACUUGUGCUUCCUAAGUGGAUGUUGAACUUUUGGAGAAAAGAGUUUGGUGAAUUGAAGGUCAAUGACCUCGUGUUGCUAGACUUUUACUCGGCCAAGGCGUAUGCCCGAGCUCAGCAGUUAGAAGUUCUAAAGCGAUGGAUCACAAACCGGAGUAUUAUCUUCUUAGGCACCAAGCAGUUCUCCAACAUAGUAUCUGAUAACAGUGGUACAGAGGCUUCAGAUUCUUGUAGGGAAAUUCUCUUAAACAUUCCUACACUGGUUGUUUUCGACAGAGGAACUGAUCCGAGGAACGAGAUGAUGAGCUUUCUUAAGGCUGUUGCUCGUAUCAAGACGCCACGAAAGGUUUUACUCACUGGCUCACUAUACCAAAACAACAUUAAGGAGGUUUUCAACAUUCUUGAUGUUGCUUUCCCUGAGUUUCUGAAGCAUAAACAAAUUGGUAAAAAUGUCAAAAAAUUCUUGAAUGUUGAAGAUGACGCUGAUGGACCUUCAACGAAUUUGAAGAUGCCAUUGUUUGAUAAAUUGGAAGAGGCUUUGCUUAGUCAAGAUUCUGAUCAUGGAGACAAGAUUGGUUACUUAACCGAACUAAGGAUGUUGACAAACAAGGUUAUCUACAAUUACAAAGGAGAGUUUCUCCCUGAAGUCCCGAGGUUGAUGGACUUCACGGUGGUCUUAAAAUCGACAUUAAGCCAAAAGUCAGCAUGGGAGAUUGAAAGAAAGUCCAAAGGGAAAGGUUUCAAAACGUACUCUACCUUGAGCGGAAUCACGCUUCACCCACUGCUACGUGCUUUCUCAGACCGGGCAAAAGGUCUUCCUGCCCCUAACGAGAAUGAGAUGGAUGAGAUUAUCAAAGAAAUCGACGUAACAGAUGGCGUAAAAACAAAAUUCUUCAUGGGUUUAGUGAAGUUAUGCGAUUACACGAAUGAGAAGAUUCUUGUAGUGAGCCAAUAUGUCAUCCCAUUGAUAUUCCUCCAAAGACUCGUGGCUAAGAUUAAAGGUUGGAAAGAUGGCAAAGAAACAUUCAUGAUUAAAGGUGAUACAAGUCAUUCUACUAGAGAAAUGUCCAUUAAUCAAUUCAACAACUCGAAUGAUGCGAAAAUCUUCUUUGUAUCCCUUAAAGCGUGUAAUGAGCAGACUGGUCUUACGGGUGCAACAAGAGUUUUAAUGCUCGACAUCAUCGCCAACCCUUGUAUGGCUCGACAAGCCAUAGAGCUGGCUUAUCAACCAGGACAACAAAACAAAGUUUAUUCCUAUAGGUUGGUGGCUGCGGAUACAUCAGAAGAAGAUGAAGAAAUAAUCGCAGCUAAAAAGGAGAUUAUUUCUGGAAUAUGGUUUGAUGGGAAGACUUAUCCUAUAGAUGGAAAAUUUUGUAUUCCGACGAUUGAUGGAGAGUACAGCAAUGAUUACUUCCUUGGAGCUUCAUAUAUGAGGGAAGACAUCAAAACCAUAUACAAAAGGUAAAAUGAGAGCGAGCUCCUUGAUGAAACUGAUACAAGUCAACAAUGACUUUUUUUUUUCAACAAUGACUCUUUUAUAAUUAUGUAUUUUAUUUUGUUUCGAAAAUAGACGAAGUGUUGUAUU